AACACUAUCAAUGGGCUUUUCACAUGGUAAAAUAAAAAAACAAAUAAAUAUAUAGACAGUAAAUCAAAUAAAUAAUGAGGAAAGCUCAUAUAAACUGAUAGUCGAUAGGUAAAUAUUAAGACUGAGACCCCGACCCAGACAUAGACCCAUUGCCAAACAGAACAGAAUAUCAUGCAAUUGAAAGCCGUCUAAAUGAAUGAGUCGAAAGCAAUUAAGGGAGCUGCAGUUAGCAGAAUGGAGCUGUCGAAGGCCUAACCUAAGCAAAAUAAUCGCCAAAACGUGCGGCAAUUACAUGGAUGCUUGAGGAAACUGAAUGCCAAACAUCUGCUGCUGCUGCUGCUGAUGCUGCUGCCACGUAUAUAAUUUGCAAUGGGAACCCAAGAAAAUUCAAUUAACAGACUGGGGAUACAGACACGUGCCGCCACACCAAAAACACGCUGACGCUGUCGCUGCCGCUCCCGACUAUAAAACUCUAUAGAAAUGAACAAAAACCCCAUCGCUGUACUCCAUGUGGAGGGCCCACUCAGACGGACUGACGCAACUUCCACGCUCAUUCACUCGCACUCGAACUCGAUGGAGAAUCACCAGUCGAUUACAGCACGCUUCCUGUGGCCGCUGCUCCUAGUGCUAAUCUUAGUGGGAGGGCUAUCGCAAUCGCAGGAGUGGAAAGAUCAAACUGAAGACGACGAUGACUCUGCCGAUGACGAGACGAUCAUGGAGCGUCGCUGGCAGGUUGGCUACGAGCAGUAUCGCAUUCUCUGCGAGAAGUUUGAGCAGAAGAAGAAGGAAGACACACCUGCAGUGAGCACUCGAAUCGCUGGCGGAGAGCUUGCCGACGCGGGAAUGUUCCCCUAUCAAGUGGGUCUGAUUGUGCAGCUGACUACGGGAGAUCUCAUACAGUGCGGUGGCUCCCUCGUCACUCUCCAAUACGUUCUGACGGCUGCCCAUUGCCUGACGGAUGCCGUCGGUGCCAGAGUUUAUCUGGGCGCCCUUGAAUUGGCUGAAAGGGGAGCAGCUGCAGAAGAGUUUCUGGUGUCCGAACAGCAGUUCAGGAUCUAUCCGGGCUACUUGGGUUUCGGCGCAUACAAUGAUCUGGCAUUGAUACGCCUGCCCAGGCGCGCCAUCCCCUCGGAUCGAGUGCAAACCAUUGCCUUGGCGGGGUACUUUAUGCAACAAAAGUUCCUCGAGCGUCAGCCAGUGACCGUUUCGGGCUGGGGCAGUUUGGGGGACUCUGCCGUGGAAAGAACGCGACUGCUGCACUAUGUGGACGUGGAGGUGCUCGACCAGGAGCGCUGCAUGUGCUCCUUCCUGCCCGGCUUGGUUAGCACGCGGCGUCACCUGUGCACCGAUGGACGGGGCGGACGUGGCGCCUGCGAGGGCGACUCUGGCGGCCCUCUGGUCUAUCAGUGGCAGAAUGUCAGCCACCUGAUUGGGGUAACCUCAUUCGGGAGCAGUGGGGGCUGUGAGCUCGGUGCCCCGACUGUCUACACCAGGAUAACCGCAUAUUUGCCAUGGAUCCGGCAGCAAACGGGAAUGACCAACUAAAUGCAAUUAACGCCUAAUUGUCGGCCAUUAAUUGCUAAACAAUAUAGUCGGUCGGUCGGGCGGCCAGACAAUAAAACCAAUUUGAGCAGCAACCAACCCACAAUGAAAUGGAGUCAGCAGAGAGUGGAGCGAACAGAGAGGCAAGAGCCCUCUUUGGUUAGGUGAAAAUGGUACUUUUUACGAGUACAAGGGGGUUGGCUUUUCCCCGCGUUGAAUGGAAUGGAAAUUGUAUCGGAUAAAUAACAAUGAACAUCGGAAAUUUGGUAGCCAAUUUGGCCAGCAAGAAUACCCACAGCCGACAUAAUAAAGACGGCCAAUAAAGAAUGAAAUUCGCCUGAAUCAAAUUCCAAUGAAUUCAAUGUGGAAAUUGAA